CUAAAAUACUUUGUAGAGCUGAGGGAAAAUUGAAUCAGGUGGAUUCAUAUAUUAUUAGUGUCACCUUGUCACACUUUGUGAAUAUAAAAAACUAUUGAUUAGAGAAGCUUUGAUGAUGUAUCAUGAUUAAGCAAUUUUUCCCCAGGUACUAUGAAGUGACAGAUGGCUUUGAGCACCUCCCCAGGGCAUUCUUUCAGAUGUUAAAUGCUACGGUCCUUCUCAACUCCAAGGUCAAGCUGAUCAACCAAACAGGUGGCAGCAGUGUGACUGUAACAUACCAGGACAGGCGUAAUUCAGGCUCUCUGGCCAAUCUAACUGUGGACUAUGCCCUGGUUACGGCCACAGCCAAGGCUACCCUUUUCAUAGACUUCCAGCCCCGGCUCUCUGGGGACAAGAUGGAGGCUUUGCGCUCAGUUCAUUACAUAAGUGCCACUAAGGUGGUUCUCAGCUUCAGGGAGCGCUUCUGGGAGAAAGAGGGCAUCAAAGGAGGGAAUAGCAUCACAGACAGGCCUUCUCGCCUUAUCAUCUACCCAAGCCACAGCUUCCCUGGUACAGCAGCAGGGGCCCUCCUGGCAUCAUACACCCGCUCUGACGAUUCUGCUCGCUCCCAAGGGAUGAGUGAGGAGGAGCUGAUGGCCAUGGUCCUGGAGGACUUAAUCAAGAUCCACGGAGAGGACAUUAGGCAUCUGUGGACGGGGGGAGUGGUGAAGAAGUGGGGCUUGGAUCCUUACAGCCUGGGAGCCUUUGCCAUGUUCACACCCUACCAGCUGAGACAAUACACCAAAAAACUGUUCCAGAGUGAGGGCCGGGUGCACAUUUCAGGAGAGCACAGAGCCACACCCCAUGGCUGGAUUGAAACUGCCAUGAAGUCUGCAAUCAGGGCAGCUAAAAAUAUUAACAGCCUUACAAUCUAGUUUUAUUUGUAGCAAACAUUUACACGUUUUAUUGUUACAUCA